AUGAUGGCUCGGAAGGUGCUGUACGCGGGCGAGGCGCGCGAGGCGCUGAUGGCUGGGGUGAACAAGGUUGCGGACGCGGUCAAGGUGACCAUCGGUCCGCGGGGGCGUAACGUCGUCAUCCGGCCGACCGGCAAGAUGCCUGCCGUCGUGAACGACGGCGUCACCAUCGCCGGCGAAGUGAACCUCGAGUCGAUCCCGGAGAACGUGGGCGUCAAGCUGCUGCUGCAGGCGGCGUCGCAGACGGACUCGCGCGCCGGCGACGGCACCACCACGGCGACCGUGCUCACGCAGGCCAUCAUGCGCGAGGGGAUCCGGCUGACCUCGUCGGGCCACAACGCCGUCGCGCUGCAAAAAGGGCUGCUCAAGGCGGCCGCCUUCUUCUCGGCCAAGAUCCGCGAGCUGGCGGAGCCGGUGACGACGUACGAGCAGUACAAGCAGAUCGCCUCCAUCUCCGCCAACUCGGACGAGCUCGGCGCCCAUACCGCCGACGCGAUCAUCAAGGCGCUGCCUCAGGUGGGUCUCGACGGCGCGACAAUCAUCGAGGACGGGGUGGAGAUGCACGACGAGGUGACUGUCUCCGAGGGCAUGGAGCUCGAGGCUCGCCGGCUGUGUUUGGCAGCCGGUCUCCCCCGGCGCCUUGUCUGCACCUUGCCUGCACCUUGCUUGCAGGUGGGGUGGCUGUCGGAGCUCCUCGUCAAGGAGAAAGAAACCCUGUCGACCACGCUGGAGGAGCCGCUGGUCCUCGUCACAGACAUCAAGCUCACGACGGUCAACGAGCUGCUGCCCGUGCUCGAGGCGGUGGUGGAGGCGAAGCGGCCGCUGCUCCUCAUCGCAAAGGACGUGGUGAUGGAGGCGCUGUCUGCCCUCAUCCUCAACUUGGACCGCGGCGUGCUCGACGUCUGCGCCGUCAAGUGCCCCGGCUUCGGGGACGUGCAGAAGGCCUUCCUCGCCGACAUCUGCACCUUCAGCGGCGCGACUCUGAUCACCGACGAGCUCAAGAUGAAGGUGGAGGAGGCCACCCUCGCGCAGCUCGGCUCCCUCUCCCGCGUCAAGGUCGAGAAGGCGAAGACGCUCCUCGUCUCCGACGGCACGCACCAGGCGGACGUGGACGCGAGGGUGGAGGAGCUCAAGGGGCUCAAGGAGCAGCUCGUGCAGCAGUCCAACAAGGAGUUCGAGGUGCAGCGCAUCGAGCAGCGCAUCCACAAGCUCCGCGCCGCCAUCGCGCGCAUCAAGGUUGGCGCGCCGACCGAGACCGAGGUUGUGGACAAGAAGCUGCGGUACGAGGACGCGAUCAACGCGGUGCGGGGGGCGAUCGUCGAGGGCAUGGUGCCGGGAGGCGGGGCCUGCCUCGCGUACGUCACUCGCUUCGCCGACGAGGCGCGCGCCGCGAUCCCGGACCCAGACGAGCGGGUCGCGGUAGACGUGCUCGUCGCGGCGAUGGGGGCGCCGGUGAUGCAGAUCGCAGACAACGCGGGGCUGCUCGGAGCGCUCGUGCGGGAGAAGGUUGCCGACCACGACUGGGGGUACGGCUUCAACGCAAAGACGCUGCACCUGCUCGGAGCCUGCCUGCAGGCGGGCGUGUGUGACCCGGCUUCGGUCACGACGUGGGCGCUCGAGAACGCAGCCUCGAUCACGGGCUCGAUGCUCACCACCGAGGCGCUCGUGUACGACCCGGAGCGGGACCCGAUGGAGGACGAGGCAAACUUCGAGCCCGAGGUGACCACGGGGAUGCGAUCCGACGUCGAGGACUACAUGUGGUAGCAGUACACCCUGCUGCUGAGUGCUGUUGCAGUAGCGCCGGCUCGCGGGGAGUCUCCGGGGCGCGGGGAGUCUCUGGGGCGCGACCGAGACGACUGAGUGUCCUGCGCGCGGAGAGCUGCAGCUGGCGAGUGGCGUAAAACACCCACAACGCAGUAGAAAGCUCUCUUU